UUGAGCCCACCCUGUCAACUGUCAUUGUUGCUGCCAAAUCGUAGUGACAUAAUGCUAGGGAGCUUAUCAUCGAGAUGAGAUUAAAAAAAAGAGAGAUAGGGGGAAAUGCGUGUGUUUCUUCUGGUGAAUUUUAAAAAGCUCAUCGUGCUGAUGAUGGUAGGCAGUUUAUUUAUUCAUUCUGUUGCUUGAUACUUGAUACGCACCAUGAUUGAUCCUUUUUCUCUAUUUUUCUUCACGGAUCCGGGAUCAGUCCCGAUCGCUCCAAGAUACACAAAAGUCUACAUAAUCCCAACCCAGAUUUCUGUGAGCAUUUCGAGAAAAUCCGUUUGUUAAAAAAAUAUAGCUCGUUUUGACUUUUCUUUGCUACGUACGUAGAUAUAAUGGACGUCUAGGUACAUAAUAAAAUCUAUAAAAUUAGAAAAGUUAAAAAGUCAAAAGAACCUGCAUUUUGAAACGGAGGAGUACAGAUGAAAUGAAGAUACAAAGAUACAGGAUUUGAAAUUUUAUGAAACUGAAAGAUUUUAAUGUGACCACGCUGCAGAACAACACAAAAUCCGGUGUCUGAAAUCUGAACCCUUACUUGCAUCCAUGUCGCUAUACAUGCACAUAUAUAACAAAAAAGAAGAAAAGACUGUGAUCUUCCACGGUGUGGGUGUGGCGAGCACAUGGGCGUACGGACGAAAGAUCACCGGCCGAAAGUCUCGUGGGAAUCAUCACGAUAGCUUAGCUUUUGGGGAUCAGAAGAUGCCGCUUGCUCGCUCGCACGGUGAAGGGCCACGCACCUCUCUGAAAACCAAAUUAUCAGGCGGGCCUCCAGCUAGUUUCUACUUCUACCCAUCCUAGAGGGGCCACCCAGCUCCCCUAUAUAAACGAUCAGAUCUUGGCGUGUUAAAGUAAGUAGCAUUACGCCAAGCAACAGCAGAGAGUAGCUAGACAGUAAUGGGGUUCAGCGAGGCUCAGGAAGAGCUCGUCCUGCGCUCAUGGAAAGCCAUGAAGAAGGACACCGAAUCCAUUGCUCUCAAGUUCUUCUUCAGGAUCUUUGAGAUCGCGCCGGGCGCCAAGCAGAUGUUCCCCUUCCUGCGCGACGCCGGCGACGCGCCCCUGGAGAACCACCCCAAGCUCAAGACGCACGCCGUGGCCGUCUUCGUCAUGGCUUGCGAGUCCGCGACGCAGCUGAGGAACACCGGCGACGUGAAGGUGAGGGAGGCGGCCCUGAAGCGGCUGGGCGCGACGCACGUCAAGGCCGGCGUCGCCGACGCGCAUUUCGAGGUGGUGAAGACGGCGCUGCUGGACACCAUCCGGGACGCGGUCCCGGACAUGUGGACGCCGGAGAUGAAGGCGGCCUGGGAGGAGGCCUACGACCAGCUCGCCGCCGCCAUCAAGGAGGAGAUGAAGAACGCCGCCGCCGCCUGAGUCCAUCCUUAAGACCUUAACACACAGAGACACCCUGCUGCUCCGCGAAACGCGCGUUGCUGGGGAGAGCUUUGAGCUGCCACUACUGCUGCUACUCUACGAAGCUGCCGCUACUACCUCUGUAUUCUGUUUUGUCAAGUGCCAACCACGUCACUGAUGAAUAAAACUUGAUUGCACACAAUUCAGAAGAAAAAACCUUAAUUGUACA